GCGGUUCGCGUCGUAAAGUAAUAUUUUGAAUAAAUUGGCUCAGUAAUUGAUAUGAAUAGUUUGCCAAAAUGACUGCGUUUUCACCAUAAAAACACACUCACUAGGCCAAGUUAGCCGGAUGUGAAUGGGGAUGAAGAACUUUUUUCCAUGAGUCGAAUCAUUUGUUUACAAAUCGUGGGGUACAAACAGGAGUAUUCUCUAAAUUGACAUGCGACAAUAUUUAUUUUAAUUAAAGUAGUAUUUAUAAAUUAGAUUCUCAGUUCUCAAGUGUAUUUACUUGUAUCUCAGUAUAUAUCGGCUAGUCUGGUGUCUUCCGCUGUGGAAAAGUAAUUUCAUGGGACUUUGUGUGUAAGAUUAACUGGACAGUAAGUUAAAUUCUAUGGGUAACUUAACGCGGAACAUUUCGUUUUAUUUUGAUUUGCACGGGUCUCACGUUUCACAUAAUGUAACUAGGUGAUGAAAAGGAGACGUGAUGUUUAGAAGCGGUUGCUAUGGUUAUUCUGACGUGGAAGACAAAAUUGAAAGGCAGAAGAAUCAUCUUUACUCGUAUAUAUCACCUCUUCGCAUCGGAGUGUGUUCGUGAGCGGAAACGGCAACAUCGUAUACUAUAUUUUUUUCUGACAUAUCCUAAGCAGUUUUCAUUUUUGAAGUUAGCAUUUUCUAUCUAUCUAUUUUCUGGCUUAAUAAGUUUAAUAGUACAUCGAGCUAAAGCUGUUGGAAGGUUUAUUCAAACACGCAGCAAUGGCCAAAGUUUAUUUCAUCGCGACAUUAAUGAUUCUACAAGGAUUUUUCUUGUAUGGUGAGACUUCAACCUCUUUAAUGAGCUCUCCUUCAGUAACUGGAAGUAAUACACUAGUUACAACUGGAGAAGCCACUACAACUUUGGGAGGAACUGACACAACAGCAGCAGGCGGAGGUGGUGGAGCAACCGCCACAACAGCAAUGGGAGGUGGUGGUGGUGGAACUGUUACAACAGCAGCUGGCGGAGGUGGAGGUGGAACAACCGUCACAACUGCGAUGGGGGGCGGUGGUGGCGGUGGAACUGUUACAACAGCAGCAGGCGGAGGUGGUGGAGCAACCGUCACAACAGUGAUGGGAGGUGGUGGUGAUGGUGGUGGAACUGUUACAACAGCAGCUGGCGGAGGUGGAGGUGGAACAACCGUCACAACUGCGACGGGGGGUGGUGGUGGCGGUGGAACUGUUACAACAACAGCAGGCGGAGGUGGUGGAGCAACCGUCACAACAGCGAUGGGAGGUGGUGGUGGUGGUGGAACUGUUACAACAGCAGCUGGCGGAGGUGGUGGUGGAGCGACCGUCACAACAGCAAUGGGAGGAGGUGGUGCUGGAACUGUCACAACAGCAGCUGGCGGAGGUGGUGGUGGAGCGACCGUCACAACAGGAAUGGGAGGAGGUGGUGGUGGAACUGUCACAACAGCAGCUGGCGGAGGUGGUGGUGGAGCGACCGUCACAACAGCAAUGGGAGGAGGUGGUGCUGGAACUAUUACAACAGCAGCUGGCGGAGGUGGUGGUGGAGCGACCGCCACAACAGCAUCAGGAGGGGCUGGAGGUGGAGCAACCGUCACAACAGCAGCUGGAGGGGGUGUUGGAGGAGCAAACUCUACAGUAGUAGUAGGAGGAAAUGUCACAACAGCAAUGAGCGUUGGAGGAAGUGGAGGAACAGUCACAACAACAGUAGGCAAUGGUGGAAUUUCUUCUUCAACAACUACUACAACGAUAGCCGUUUCAAGUGCCGGUCCUGACAACAAAAAGCCAGGCUCAAUAGUAAUUCUGAUAUUAAGAGUUACAAUUGAUUGCAGUGGAGACAGAUUGAUGGCCUUAAACGUCAGCUUGCAGACCGACGUGAGUAAAACCAAAACCGUACUUCAAUAGAUCCAACACAACAACAUGGAAU